AUGAUUUGGGAGGGAAGCUUUUCAGCCGCUUUUUCAUCAAAUAUGUCUGUGAAAUUCUUAUAUGAUUUGAAGAGUUCUUUUGAACACUUGGACAUUCUUCUUCUUAAUUAUGAAGAUAUCCCAAUCAUUCAAUUAGAAAAAGAGUCUCAACGUCUUUUCCAAGUGAAUCAACUGGAGUAG